AAUAUUUGUUGUGUUGUGGUUGUGAUAUAAAAUCAAAAAGCUUUAUUGGUUCACUAUUAUUUUGUGUUAAUUAGUUAAAGUUAUUGCCACUAAAGUAAAAACCAAUUAUUUGUGUAUUCUUAAAAAAAAUGCCUAACACACGGAAAAAGGUUAUAAAAACUGUUUACAAGGACGCCGAUGAUAGCGACGCAGAAGAAGCUUUCAGCGAUUCCGGUUCCGAAGCAAAAAUAACUGAAGAAUCGAGCUCUGAAGAUGAAGGCGAAGACCAGGAAGCGUCAUCAGGCGAUGAGUUCAAAAAUAACAAGAAAUCUAAAUAUAAUAAAACAGUACGUAAACCAAAACCAAAAUUUGCCAAAUCGCUUAUAAACAAAAUAAAUAAACAAUCUUCUGCCAGCGCUGAAAUUGAAUAUUCCGAAUUCACACCGUCAAAUUUUUCCGUUAAAGAUCUUACUGAAGAAGAUAAGAUUCUACCUCCAAUACUUAACCUUUCAGAAAGUGACAGCAGUGAUGAUGAAGAGAAAGUAGUAGCACCAAAACAAACUGUGAAUAAUUCAACAUUGACACAGAGUCAGAAUUCAGAUAGUGAUAGUGAUAACAAGAUUGAGUAUAAAGAUGUAUGGUCCAAAAAUUUAAAAGAUAGUGAAGAAAUUGCAAGAAAAGCAUUCCUUGAACUUGAACAUCAUAAUUCUUUAAUAGAAAAAACAAAAGAAUCUCUUGAAAAGUACACACACAAAAAAUCAAAAAAAGGUUGUGAAUUUGAUGUAAGUGACCUACUUGCUCAAGGAGAACAGUUAGUCCCGCAGAAAACCACCCCAGUGAAGAAAAGAAUCACAAAAGUUAAAGAUGACAGUGACUCAGAAAUGGAAGAUUGGGAGGAAGUCAAAGAAUCAAAUGCAAUACCACAACAGGGAUUGCAACUUAUUGUUGAAUUACCAAAUACAAUCUGUAGAAAGACAAAAAAAGUUGAUGUUGAAAUGAUGAUGAAAAGAAAGAUGAACAGAGUAAAAAAAGAAUAUCAAGUAUAUAUGCAUAAAGUUCAUGUUCUAUGUUGGUUGGGACAUGGUAAUUACGUUAGUAAGGUUCUAAAUGACCAAGAACUGUUGGCAGCUUCACUGUCCUUGGUGCCUUCCAAAGAAUGUUAUCCUGGGGAAAGAGUGGACAUGAAAUAUCUUGAACAAAUAACUACAUGGUACAAAGAUAAAUUCACCUUGAAACAAGAUAAAAAUGAAAAUAAGUUCAGACCAAAAGCACCUGCUCUUAAAGAUUUACUGAUAGGACAAAUAAAGAGUCGUACAGUUACCACAAGAAAAUAUUUAGUGUAUAUAUUUGUCUGUAUGCUAAGGGCUCUUGGAUUGCAAUGUAGGGUAAUGUUUAACUUUGUCACAUUACCUUUAAGACCUCCGAGUUCAGAGUUAUGUUCACUAUCAACAAAACCUAAGGAUGAUAAAUGUAAUUCUGACAAAAAAACAAACCAAUCUAAGAAAACAUCACAUCAAAAGAAAACUGACUCUAGGAAGGCACAAUCAAAAGACAAGAUAAGUCAGGUUGAUGGAGCUGAUGAUGCUGCUGAUUAUUACAAUGAUGAUUCUGACAUUUUUGAAAAUAUUGCUCAAUUAGAUGGUAGUGAUGACCUAUUACCAAUGAAAACAAGAAGCACUAGAUCCAGGAAAGCAAAAGAUACAUCCUCCAUUACACCAAUGCCUGAAGACGAUGUCUCCCCACCUAAGAGAUCUAGGAAAAGUCCAAGCCAAAAACCUACUAAAAAUGCCACUAGAAAUAGUAAAAAUAACCAAAACCUCCAAGUCAAAAACACUAAAAAGGAUGAUGAAGUUAAAGCAAGUACAAGUGAUGCUCAAGUCACAAGAGUAAAGAAAUCACCAGCCAAAACAGUUUUACGGGAUGUAACGAAAACUGAUAAAACCGCGUAUCUUGUAAGCCCUCGUAAAACCAGAAAUGCUUCUAAUAGAAUUUUAGAACCUAACAAAACAGAUAAAACUUUAAUAGAUAAGAGUGCUAAAAAAGACAUUUUAAACCCACCAGCUAUAGUUAUAACAAGUGAAAAUGAUCAGUUAUCCAGCAAAUAUUUUGAAAAAAAAGAAGAAAACAGUAAACUAAGGCCAUCCAGAAAAAGAUCAAAUACUACUACUUCUAAUAAUUCUCAAUUAGCUGUUGACAAAAAAGAAACAGCUAGCAAACCUGUUAAAACGAGAACCAAAAGUGCGCCUGAAACAAUUGCGGAAAAAAGCAAAUACUUUGAAACUACUCCAAGUCAGAGCAAAAAACCGAAACUUUCUUUGUCAAAACCGAAACCUCUCAAAGUCAAUGAAGAUAAAAAAAGAGUAAGUCACAGAGAUCUUGUUAAACCGAAACCUGAUAAAAUCGAUGUUAAGGAUGAUAUUGUUACAUUAAUUAAAGCGAGAAUCAAGGAAGCAAAGGAAGAAUCGAAGAAAGGAAUUGUGAAAGGUAAAGUAAAAGAAGAGUCUGAAGACGACAGCGAUUACUUGCCAGAAGAAGUUGUCAAACGUCGUAAAUCAGCUGAGAGUGAUGACGAUUUCAAGCCCAUGAAAAUGACCCCAAAACCAAGCACAAGUAAAAAGAUAGACCGUCGGGUGCUGUCGUCAUCGGAAGAGGACCUCCCUAAAAAUAAAGUAGAUGUAUGGUGUGAAGUGUUUGUUGAAGAACUCGAACAAUGGAUAUCUGUAGAUGUUGUUAAAUCUAAAGUACAUUGUGCUGAAAAUAUUUAUUCUGGUGCCACUCAUCCUGUUUGUUACGUAGUUGGUUGGGACAACAAUAACUACCUUAAAGACUUGACUCGUCGAUAUGUGCCCCAUUGGAAUACGGUCACUAGGAAACAGCGAGCUGAACCGCAGUGGUGGAGUGAAGCGGUGCAGCCAUGGUUAGGCCCGAAAAAUGCUCGGAACAAGGAAGAAGACGAGCAACUUGAUAGAAUGCAGUUGGAGGCCCCUCUACCCAAAAGUAUUGCAGAGUAUAAAAAUCAUCCGCUGUACGCGUUAAAACGACAUCUAUUGAAAUACGAAGCAUUAUAUCCGCCUGACGCGGCGGUGCUCGGGUUCGUUCGCAGCGAGCCCGUGUACGCACGAGAGUGCGUAUACAUCUGUCGUUCGAGAGACACAUGGUUGAAGGAAGCCAAAGUGGUCCGUCUGGGGGAAACGCCUUAUAAAAUAGUCAAGGCCCGGCCGAAGUGGGACAAGCUAUCCAACAAACUAAUAACAGACAAACCAUUAGAAAUAUUUGGACCGUGGCAAGUGCAGGAUUACGAACCGCCCGUGGCAGAAAACGGCAUAGUACCUCGCAACGCCUACGGAAAUGUCGAAUUAUUCAAAGACUGUAUGCUUCCUAAAGGAACUGUUCAUAUCAAGUUACCUGGUCUCAAUAAAGUAGCGAAGAAGUUGAACAUAGACUGCGCGCCUGCUAUGACAGGCUUCGACUUCAACGGCGGUUGGUCGCAUCCUGUAUACGACGGGUUCGUUGUUUGCGCGGAGUACGAGAAAAUUAUCACUGAAGCUUGGGUCCAGGAUCAAGAAGAGCAAGAACGCAAAGAACGUGAAAAGAUAGAUGCCAGAGUGUAUGGUAACUGGCGACGACUGAUAAAAGGCCUGUUGAUACGUGAGCGCCUCAAACACAAAUACGGUUUCGAGGAACCUAAAAAAUCGAAUGAGAUAAGAAAUGAUAAGAAAAAUCCUAAGGGACCUCGCCUUGUUGUGAAGAAGAAAUAAAUUGAAGCAACCAAUUGGUACUUAGUGAUAAUGAAUUUGAAUAACCGCGUCCUGACUUGGCCAGCAGCCUCGCAAGGCAGACGCGUGAGACAAUCUUCGGUCGGUCCGGAUGUACCCCGCCCGAGGCAAAUGCACGAGCUGCCUCACUUCGUUUGCCACGCGCACUGACGGUUUUAUUUAAAACGACAGAAUCGUUUGUAUCAGUUUUAAAUAACAAUGUCUCAAUUUAAUACAAUUUUAUGGCAAAUGUAAUGUACUACUUUGUACGCACAAUGUUCUGAUUAUACUAAUAGAGGACUAAGACAAGAAGCGUAGAAAGUCAUUUUUGUUUAAGUCGAAGAAUGAAUAUAAAAGGCAGUAAACGCGAUAACUCUUCGAACGAAAGGCCUGAUGUCGGUCUUGAGUAAAGCUGAUUACAAGCCGCGUUAGGCACUCGCAGUCCCUGCAUACUGCAUCGGCCUCAUGCCUCGAAAGAGACCGAAGCGGCGGCCUUGCGAGGCUGCUCGCUCAGUCAGGACGCGGCUAACAGCAUAUUUUUUUCUAAUAAUUUAAAUGGUUAUAAAAGUUGAUGAUUUUUUAAAUGGAUGCCUAUAUUGAAAUUUGUGAACCUGUGUAUUCCGACCAAAAACAACUUAAUUUUAUAUAAUAUGGAGUUAGAAGGCGUGGCUUCCAAUGAAAUUUAAUAUUCAUUCUUUAUAAGAUUUAUGCAUAAUUACGUUUUUUUACCUUAUUAUGUUGGUUUAUAAAUAAAACAUGUUGUGUUACAUUAUUAUUGGCACUUUCAAUAUUUUAUUCCUCCAGUUAUGAUUUAUAUUCGUUUUUUGUCUUUUAUUGAGGUCAUGAAUAAAAAACAAAUAUUUAAAUAAAAAAUGUAUUUAAUACAAAUGAUAACUUAAUAUAUUGUCCAUUUUUAUAUGCAUUAAGCUGUCUUAUUGUGAACAUAAUAAUAUAAAAUUAUUUAAAGUGCAUGUUACAUAGCAAAAGCUCAAAAGCAUAUAAUAGUUAGGAAUUGCUCAAGCACAGCUUUUUGUGCCUAAGCGAAUAGAUACAAAAUUAUAUACAGAAAUAAAAAUAUGUAUAGACGCUUCAGACCUUUAGAGUAAGAUCUGGUCGGUCGAAACGAUUGCAAUUAUUUGCAAUCUUAUCCACAUAUACAGGAUAGUUUCGAUUUACCUUCAAAAACCCGAUAUUGAAGGUUCAUCACAAUGCCAUUGUUUAAUUUUUCUUACGAUGUCUCGAUUUUUUUUACUUUUUCUAGAUUUUCAACAAGUUUCCAUACGUCUUACAUUACAUAACUACAUUAAGUCUAUUCAUCUUAAGUACCUACUAUAAUAUUUUAUGACGAAUCUAUAAACUAAGGGCCCAGACACAUUCAUCCCAAUUUGUACAUAUAUGAAAGGAAUGUAACCUUUAAUUUAUAUUUUCAUAGCAUAAAAUAUUUGCACUCAUAAACUUAUUAUCUGCUAUUAUAUUAGUCUCAUUGGAUAAAUAUCAACCAUUAUUAAAGCCAGUUUAAUAAAUGGUAUGAUCAACAGACUGGUAGCAUAUGUCAAUAGAUUAAAUUCCUUUCAAGCUACCAUUAAUGCUAUUUUAUUUAGUUCCUAUAAAGACCUGCUUCAUAGUAAUUAGUUUAAGCCAUGGUUAAUGUGCCUGCGCCCAUUCCGAAUCCUACACCCUUGGGUCCGAAGUUCCUGCCGUAGCAGCCUCGGCAGUAAAUUUCACCGUUGGGGCCGUCAUUCAAGUUGGUGGAAUCCUGGAACCAAAGUAUCAAUCAGAUAUAUACAGAAAUAGGCAAAUUAUGAUCUUAAUACCUACUAAUUAUUCUGAAUUUAGUUGUCAAGUCAGUCAAGUUAUAGUUAUACAAUAGAAUGCGUCACACCGACAUUCUUAUACUGUUGAAACAAUCUGCGUUUUGGACAAAUCGUUUAUUCAUUAUAAGAAUCAGGAGUGUAACAUAAUAUUUAAUAUAAUCACAUUUUCGGUAAGAGCGUAACAUUGCAAGCACAGUACAACGAGAAGAGAGCAACCAGAGACUUUUAUUUUUAAUAAUAGCUAUGACAUAAUAGUUUAUAGCAUUGGCUUACAGUAUUGAUACUUAUCAUAUCCAACACUCCCUCUCAAUUUCAAAUUUACUACAAAAUUUUAAAUUGCACUUACACAAAGUAUGAAAUUAUAACUUUACUAAGAUUGUUUUACACAAUGUUCUACAAAUUCUUUUACAUAUCGUUAUCAUAAGUUUACAUAAUAUAUCAAAUCAGAAUUAUGUUAAUUAUACAUUUUUAUUACCACGUUAUACAAUAAAAACUUUUACAAAUUUGUUGAAUUUUUCUUUACACAAACCUUUUGUUAAUAAAUCAGCAAUAUUAUUUUCAGUACUUACAUAAUUAAUUUUUAUAAUAUUUUUCCUCACAAGAUCUUUAAUAUAAUGGAAUUUAAUAUCAAUGUGUUUUGUUCGUUUAGAGUUCUCAUUACACUUUGCCAUCAUUAUUGCACCUUGAUUGUCCACUAAAAGCACUGAAUUUACACUGUCAUUAAAAUUUUCACAAAUACCUUUUAAAUUUACUAAUUCUUGGGCUGAUGUUGCAGCAGCUAUAUAUUCAGAUUCUGCUGACGAAAGCGAAACACAUUUUUGCUUCUUUGAAAACCAUUGGACAGGAUUUCCUUUAUAAAAUAUUAUUCCACCACUUACACUUUUUCUAUCUAUCUUAUCUGCCCCCCAAUCUGCAUCUGAGUAAGCAAUUAAAUCAUUUUCUUGACUUUUCUUAAACAGUAGUCCUCUGUAUUUAGUAUCUUUUAUGUAUCUCAAUAUUCUUUUUCCUGCUUUCCAUGUCUGUUCAGUGGGUUUUUCUAUAAAACGACUUAAAUAUGACACUGCAUAUGUAAGAUCUGGUCUUGAUGUCAUUGUAAUGUAUAUCAAGCUUCCCAUCAAUUCUCUGUAAGGCAAGUCUUUUCUUUCUUCUUCAUUUUUUAUGUCUAAGUUUGAUUCUAUUGGUGUACUUAUACCUUUGCACUCUGUCAUUCCAAAUUUGUUUAAAAUCUUCUCUAUUAAUUUAGUUUGCUUUAUAAUUAGUUUAUCUUCUUCUCUAUAAAUUUCCAUACCCAAAAAGUUCUUUAUUUCUCCUAAGUCUUUAGCAUUAAAAUGUUUCUGUAAUGAAUUUACUAUAUCUUUUGUGUCUCCAAUUAAAAUAAUAUCGUCUACAUAAAUUAUCAUCCAGCAAUUAUUCUUAUAAUAUAAGCAAUAAUCAUAAUUUGAUUGUUUAAAUCCAUUUUCUUUUGCAAAUUUAUCUAUAGUAUCAUUCCAACACUUUGGUGAUUCUAUCAAACCAUAUAAUGCACGCUUCAAUUUUAAUACUGUGUUAAUUUUAUUUGAACAUUCUAAACCUUGAGGAACAUUAAUAUAAACUUCUGAAUUUAACUUUCCAUUCAAAAAAGCAGUAGGUAUAUCUAACUGUCUUAUUUCUAAAUCUUCUUGAAUUGCUUUAGAUAACAUCAUUCUUACUGUCGAUAGUCUAGCUACCGGUGCAUACAUUAUUUCAAAAUUAUUAUUUUGUUUUAUCUGAUACCCUUUGGCAACUAAUCUAGCUUUUUUAGUUCCGUCUUCUUUUACUUUGAAUACCCAUUUUGUAUCCACUAUUUUUGUAUUUUUAGGUUUAUUUACUUCUUCCCAUGUAUCUAAGUCAUUUAAUGCUUUCAACUCUUUAUUAAUUGCAUUUCUCCAUUCCAUAUCCUUUGUCGCUUCCUCAUAUUCUAUAGAUUCUUCUCCUGAAAUCAUACAAUAAGCAACAUAAGUCUCAUAAUCAUUUAAUUUAUUUGGUUUUCUUAUUUUUCUUCCAUAUUUAGAUAUUUUAUCAUUCAUUUCAUUUGUAAUUUCUUUGUUUUCAUUAUCUAUGUCUUCAAUCAUUUCAUUUUCUUUAUCUUCAUUUGUAUAUACUUGUGUAUUUUCUUGUAUUACUUUUAUGCCAUCUGAGAUUUCUUUUAUUUCUCCCUCUGAAUUAUUACUGUUUUUAUCUUCCAAAUAUACAUAUUUACUUUCAUCGAAUAUUACAUCUCUUGAUCGUAUUAAUUUAUUUUCAUUUGAACACCACAAUCUGUAUCCUCCUAGAUCAUAUCCUACAAAUAUAUAUGAUUGUGCAUUUGGAUCUAAUUUGCUUGUUCUUUUCAAAUUUACUGCCCAACAUUUACUACCAAACACUCUGAGUCUUGAUAAGUCAUUUUUACCAUACCAAAUAUCUGAUGGUGUUUUUCCAUUCAAUGCAACUGUUGGAGAUCUAUUCAACUCAUAAGCUGAAGCUUUUAUUGCUUCGCCCCAUAAAAAUUUUGGUAAUUUUGUAUCCAAAAACUUUGUUCUAACUUUAUUCAUUAAAGUUUUGUUCAUCCGCUCAGAUUUUCCGUUUUGCUGCGGAGUAUAUGCCAUAGUAUAUUGUAAUUCAAUUCCUCUAUUUUUACAAUAAUUUUUAAAUCGAUCUGAACUAAAUUCUCCACCAUUGUCUGUUCUUAUGGCUUUUGUUCUAACGUUAAAUGUACUUUUUAAUUCUUUUAUGUAAUAUAUUAAGUUUAACUCAGCUUCACUUUUCCUUUUUAAUAAAUAGACUUGAGUAAAAUGCGAAUAGUCAUCAAUGAUUACCUGAAAAUAUCUAUACCCUGCUGGUGUUUCAUCUUUUAUAGGUCCUGAUAUGUCUGUAUGUAAUAACUCACCAAUUCUUUUACUUGUAUUAUAAUUAUUGUCGAAUGGUAAUCGGCAUGCUUUUCCUUCUAUACAUGUUUCACAUUUUUCCUUACUAACUGGUAGGCCAAGUAUCUUCAUACUAUUUCUAUUUAAGUGACCUAGUCGCUGAUGCCAAGUAUUCGCUGUAAUUGCUUGGUUCACAUGAACAGUUUCUAUAUCAACUUGUAGUGUAUAUAAUUUGUUUACUUGAGGUGCUUGAAAUCUUAUUCCUUUAUAAUUACUAUAUAGUAUUAUGCCUCUUUUAUUUAUUUUAAUUUCAAAACCUUUGUUUAUUAUUUUUGAUACUGAUAAUAAGUUAAAUUUCAAUUCUUCAACAAUCAAUCCACCUUCAAUGUUUAUCUCUAUUCCAUCUAUUUUAACUAAUAAGUCACCAACUUUAUAUGCCAACAUGCACUUGCUGUUUGCAACAACUAUUUUUAUAGGUUUCUCUAAAACUUUUAUGUUUGUCAUAUAUGUCUCUAAAUCAUUUUUUAUUAAGUGUUCUGUAGCUCCAGUAUCUAAUAUAAACUUUUCUUUUUCUGUAUUAAUGUCUGUAUUCAAUGCAACAAAUGUGAGAAAACUUCCUUUAUUUAUUUCAUUAUUAGUAUUUGGUUCUCUAUUAUUUACUCUGUAAUUUCUUCCUUUAUAAUUUCCUCUAAAUUUUCCACGCUGUAUGUUAAAAUUGUUAGUAUUACUCCUGCACUCGUUUGCCUUGUGACCUUUUUUAUUACAUUUGUAACAGAUUAUAGCUUUAAAUGCAACUGAUCUUGUCUCUUCUUUAAUUUCAUUUUUGUUAUUGCACAAUUUCAACUCUUCAUCAAGUAAUCUAGCUUUUACAAAUUCAAGUGUAAUGGUUUCGGUAAUGGUCUCUAUGGCUGUAAUUACUGUAUUGAAUUUCUCUGGUAAACCAAUCAUCAAAUAACAAAUUUUGUCUUCUAAUGCUAUCUGUGUGUCAAGCGAUUCUAGCUCACGUGUCAAGUUAUCAUAUCUCUGAAAAUAAUCUUCUAGUUUUUCUGUGUCGGCCAUUUUUAAUGUUAAAAGUUGCCGUCGUAAUCGUAAUUUAGACAAUACACUUUUUCUUUGAAAAAUCCUUGAUAAUGUUUCCAACAUAUCUUUCGCUGUUUUGCAGUCUUUUAUUAUGUUUAAGUAUUUAUCGGAUGUACACUGCACUAUAAUUAACUUUGCCUUGGCGUCAUUUUUGUUAUAAUUUUCCAAUUGUUCUUUAGUCAAUUUACUACAAUCAGUGUCUAAAUCGCUUACUUGUCUUUCGUUCAAUAAACAUUUUAGUCUAAACAUCCAAUUAUCGAAAUUAUCUGCCUUCAAUUGCGGAUAUUCGAAGUGGCUUGAGGACGCCAUUGUAUUCCAAUAUGACACACUUUAUUAUCAUGAAUAUAUGUUACUACUCACGGAUUCCGCUGGGCCCAUAACCUGUUGAAACAAUCUGCGUUUUGGACAAAUCGUUUAUUCAUUAUAAGAAUCAGGAGUGUAACAUAAUAUUUAAUAUAAUCACAUUUUCGGUAAGAGCGUAACAUUGCAAGCACAGUACAACGAGAAGAGAGCAACC